AUGGCGUCUUCGGUUUCCAAGACCUUGCUUGUCCUGUUGGCCGCUCACCUUCUGGGGGUUGCCGCGGCGGAUAACUGUACCUUAGCCAGCUUCAAUAUCACACUCGGUGGACGGCUACAGUCGUUGAAGCCGUUCUCAUUCCCAUGCUUCUCUCAGUACAAUGGCAUCCCUAUGGGUCCAGAUGAAGCAGCAUGCAAAGUGAUCCAGAGCAAUUACAGCGACCCUUUCCUGCGUGCCAAUUCCGUCAAUGGUUACAUGUAUAACCAGGCCGAGAUAUGCGCAUCCGAGCCGGCCAACCAAUGUCUACUUGACAACUCGGAUCCGACCAAUCCGCCGGCGCUCGAUGCCUCAUGUAAUCAAGGAAAUAUGCCUUCCUUCUCCCUAGAGGUUCAGGGACCAAAGGAUGUGGUUGAGGCUUUCAGAUUCUCAAGCUGCUCAGGAACCCGCCUUUCAAUCAAGAAUAGCGGCCAUGACUUCUUGGGCCGGAGCAGUGGCCAAGGAACUCUCUCUUUGUGGACACGACAUCUACAAUCCAUGCACUACAACCCUGCUUUUGUUCCUAUCGGUUGCAAUGCCACCUCGAAAUACGAUACUAUUACCGUUCAAGCAGGUGUGAAUUUUGAUGAGGUCUACCACUUUGCCAAUGCGCAUAAUGUCACCUUUAUCGGGGGUUAUUCGCCUACAGUAGGAGUUAGUGGGGGCUGGACACAAACUGGAGGUCACAGCAUCUUAUCCCCAGUCUAUGGAUUGGGCGUUGAUAGAGUUGUCCAAUAUAAGAUUGUGACGCCCGAUGGCAAGUAUCGGAUUGCCAACGAAUGUCAAAACCAGGAGCUCUUCUGGGCCCUUCGAGGUGGCGGUGGUGGCACCUUUGGCGUGGUGAUGGAAAGCACCCAUCGUGUAGAGCCACGGGUGAGCAUAGUCUCUGCCUCUAUCAAGUUUCCCCCAAAGGCCAAUUCAAGCAACGUUUUGCCAUUCCUCGAUAUAUUGGUGAACAAUGCUGUUAAGUGGGCGCACGAGGGCUGGGGCGGUCAUAUCAGCGGCAACUCGCUCAUCAAUGUCACGCCGUUGUUGUCCUUAUCUGAAGCCAAGGAUUCCCUAUCUGAAGCUAUCGCCUAUGCUAAGUCUCAGGGUGGCACUGCAGUCAUUGAAGAAUUUCCAUCCUGGUAUGAGUUCUACCAGAAAUAUGUGGUUCCCAACGCCGUCACUGUUGGCAAUGCUCACUUUGCGGCUACACGACUCAUUCCUAAAACCGUAUUUGAGACGGCCACCGGACGCGCAGAUCUCAUGAAAUUUUUCUCAGUGCUUCUGUCGAAAGGCGGAAGUGUAUACAUCCCCGUGGUUGGACCUCUGCUCUACAAAGACGUCAAACCCAACUCGGCGACCCCAGCUUGGAGAGACGCCAUCUGGUCUGUCGGGGCUGACGGCUUUUGGGCAUGGAAUAGCACCCUCCAAACACGGGAGCAGAAAGUAGCUGAGAUGCAAGACAUGACUGCGGUUCUUGAAGAGAUCACGCCUGGAAGUGGCGCUUACAGUCCUGAGGCUAAUCCCUUCACCAAGGACUGGCAAGAGGCCUGGUGGGGUAGCGAAAACUAUGGCAAGCUGCUGAAGAUAAAGGAGAAGUAUGAUCCGAAUGGACUAUUGAGCUGCUGGAAGUGCGUUGGCUGGAAGGAAACCGAUGCGCAGAGUUCCUGCUUUGCAGCAUUCGACUAA